AUGGAAGGCACUCACUGCACCCUCCAAUUGCGUAAGCCCAUUACCGAACUCUGCUACAUCAGCUUCUAUCUUCCGAGGGGGGAAGUCAGAGGAUUUUCGUACAAGGGCACCAUAACUCUAGACAGAUCCAGUAAAGCGUUUCAUAACUGCUACCAAGUCAGGGUGGGGUCCGACAUCAACAGCCUCAGCUGGCAGCCGACCGAACAUCCAGGCGACAUAUUUUUCAAGCCAACUCCCACGAAAGACAUUCUAACUGAGCUGUACAAACUCACGGCCGAGAGGGAGAGACUGCUGGCCAAUCUGCUGAGCUCAGACCACAUCCUGGGCAUUACGAUGGGGAACCAGGAGGGGAAGCUGCCGGAGCUCUCUGUGAGCCUGGCCCCCGAGGACGACUGUUUCCAGAGUGGUGGCCACUGGCUGGGGGAGCCCCCCGUGGGCUCUCUCAAUAAGAGGAGCUCCCACGGGAACAAAAAGGCCCGGAGGUUUGGUGGAAGGAGAGAGAGCUUUGAGGGGCUCUCUCAAAACUCCCUGCAGAAGAGGACAAGACGAAAGGGGCAUGGGGGCCAGGGAUUGCCCCCUCUGAUGGGGAAGGACCAGAUCUGUUCCAGCAACGCCCUUCCUCUUUCUCAAGCAAGGCCUCAUCUUUGGCUCCUAGAGGAGAGAGGCAACUUGCUUCCAAAUGGGGCACUUACCUCUUCCCUCCAGAGGGGAGGGAGCUGCACCCCAGAGAUCCCCAGGACACUUGAUGCUGACUCCGCCUUGGGGAGCUUCAAGAAGGCUUCUGAGGUUGUGGGGCAUGGAAGAGGCGGGCUGCCCCCCGAAUGCAGCUCCACAGAGCCAGGAGAUGCUGGUGCCGGGGGGCCCCAGAGGGGCCCUCGCAGGCUGGCGCAUCUGCAAACAGGUUCGACCGAAAGUCACAAGGAGCCCGAGAAACAUGCAGAGGCAGAGGGGGGCCGGGCAGAGAAGGCUGCUGAACGGACUUGCAGGAAGAAGCCUAUUUCCAAAGUGGUGGCCAAAGUCCAGGAUCUGUCUGCUCAGGUGCAACGAGUAGUUAAAACGCAUCCUGAGGGUGAGGAAAGGGUUGCCGUUUGCCCAGCAGCCCAAACUGAGUUCAUACCCAGCGCAGACUUGCUCACCCUCCCGGAAGCUGAGGCUGGGGCUUGGGGUGUCAGCUGCUGGGGCAAGGAGCAGAGAACGGACAGGUCAUGGCAGCCAUCCACUGAGGAGUGUCCCCUAGCCAGCAUUGAGGGGGCUGUGAACAAGGUCCUCCUGAAGGUGAUAGAGAGCGAGAAAUUAGAUGAAGCCACCGAGGGGAAACGGCUGGGAUUUCCCUUCGGGACGACAGCCACCCAUACCCUCCCAGAAACCGGCAGCAAGAGGGGAGCUGGGCUGCUUCUGAGUGGCCACAAAACCUUGUUUCUGGAUCUGCCCCGCGGUGUGGACCCUGGAGGUGAUGAGAAGAGGCCAGCACCCCCGGCACUGGCAGCUCUCGGCACGGUAUUUAAUAAUUCAUCCUUUCCGUCCAGCACGCACAAAUGGAUGUCACCUGUUCCCUUGCCUCUCUCUCCAAGGCUCCCCAGCCCUCAGCAGCAUCACAGGAUCCUCCGGCCCCCUUCACUGCCUGCUGAGAGGGAAGCCGCUCUUGAUGACUCUCUUGGUAGAAAGAGCCGUGCUUUCUCUGGGUCACCCUCUGCUGACACCUUGGAGCCCCCACUCUCUGCAAAGGUCACGGAGACCAAAGGAGCCAACGCGACCUCCCUCAGAGCGGGCCAACCUCGGUUGGUGCCUGGGGAAACUUUGGAAAAGAGCUUGGGGCCUGGGAGGACCGCAGCUCAGCCCCAGCACCGGUCACCUCCAGGCAUCCCUUCUGAGGGCUUCCCCCGGGACUGCUUCAGUGAGCAGACAGCAGCUAAAGACCUUCCCAGCAGGGAUGGAGGUGCAUGGGUCCUGGCCUACAGAGCAGGACCAGCCUGUCCAUUUCUGCUCCAUGAAGAAAAAGAGAAGCCCAACAGAAGCAAAUUGUGCUUGGAUCUCCAUCCUGACCACAGCCCCACUGAGCAGGACGAUAGGACUCCUGGCAGACUCCAAGCUGUCUGGCCGCCCCCAAAGACAAAAGACACAGAAGAAAAAGUGGGAUUGAAGUACACUGAAGCAGAAUACCAAGCUGCUAUUCUACACCUGAAGAGGGAGCACAAAGAAGAAAUUGAAAACCUGCAGGCUCAGUUCGAACUUCAAGCCUUUCAUAUCCGGGGUGAGCAUGCGGUGAUAACAGCGAGACUAGAAGAAACCAUUGAAAAUCUCAAAUACGAGAUAGAACACCGAUGGCGAGGAGGAUGUGAAGAGAUGAGGGAUGUGUGUGUCUCCACCGACGAUGACUGCCCUCCAAAGGCUUUCAGAAAUGUGUGCAUCCAGACAGACAGAGAGACUUUCCUCAAACCCUGCGAGGGUGAAGACAGGACAACCAGAAGUAACCAAAUAAUACCCAGAAAGCUGAAUAUCUCCUCUUUAAGCCAACUCUCUCCCCCAAAUGACAGCAGAGACACCAGUGUACCGCUUCAAUCUGCGGAAAGCAUCUCAUCGAGUCAGCAGAAGGCAACGCCUCCCGCUCCCCCUCCCCCUCCCGCACCACCCCUACUGGCAGCCAUCCCUCCCCCUCCUCCCCUCCCACCCGCACUUGGACCUUUGCCACUGGCACCUCCGCCACCACCUGUGAAUACUGGACCUCCCCCACCUCCGCCACCUCCUCUGCCUCCAAGUGCUGGACCUCCCCCCCCUCCCCCACCCCCCCCACUUCCUCAUUCCACGGCUCCGCCACCCCCAGGACCUGUGCCUCCACCUCCCCCUGGACUCUUCUUCGGAGUCAACCCUUCUGCUAGCCAGUGUCCUCGGAAGCCAGCCGUCGAACCCAGUUGUCCCAUGAAGCCUUUGUACUGGACUAGGAUACAAAUAAGUGAUAAGAGCCAAAAUUCUACACCAACCUUGUGGGAUUCCUUAGAAGAACCUGAUAUUCGGGAUACUAGCGAAUUUGAGUAUUUAUUCUCCAAAGACACACCUCAGCAGAAGAAGAAACCUCUGUCAGAGUCCUAUGAGAAAAAAAACAAGAUCAAAAAGAUCAUCAAGUUAUUGGAUGGAAAACGAUCUCAAACUGUGGGAAUCUUGAUAUCUAGUUUGCAUUUAGAAAUGAAGGAUAUCCAGCAGGCCAUUUUUAACGUGGAUGAUUCCGUGGUUGAUCUGGAAACCCUGGCGGCCUUAUAUGAAAACAGAGCCCAAGAGGAUGAACUCGUUAAAAUAAGAAAGUAUUAUGAGACAUCCAAAGAGGAAGAAUUGAAGCUACUGGAUAAACCUGAGCAAUUUUUACACGAGUUAGCCCAGAUCCCUAAUUUUGCUGAACGUGCCCAGUGUAUAAUCUUCAGAUCUGUCUUUUCUGAGGGCAUUACUGCCGUGCACCGAAAGGUAGAGAUCAUCACACGAGCUUCUAAGGGCUUGCUGCAAAUGAAGAGUGUGAAGGAUAUUUUGGCUCUCAUUCUGGCUUUUGGAAACUAUAUGAAUGGAGGAAAUAGGACUCGGGGACAAGCAGAUGGAUAUAGCUUAGAAAUUCUGCCCAAACUCAAGGACGUCAAAAGUCGGGAUAAUGGGAUUAAUCUGGUGGACUAUGUUGUGAAAUAUUACCUGCGUUACUAUGAUCAGGAAGCAGGAACAGAAAAGAGUGUGUUCCCCCUGCCCGAACCACAAGAUUUCUUUCUGGCCUCCCAAGUCAAAUUUGAAGACCUUAUAAAAGAUUUGAGAAAACUGAAGAGGCAACUAGAAGCAAGUGAGAAACAGAUGGCAGUGGUGUGUAAGGAGUCACCAAAGGAGUAUCUGCAGCCGUUCAAGGACAGACUCAAAGAGUUCUUCCAGAAAGCCAAAAAAGAGCAUACAGUGGAAGAAAGUCACUUGGAGAAUGCACAGAAAAGUUUUGAAACAACAGUAGGAUAUUUUGGGAUGAAGCCAAAGUCUGGUGAGAAGGAGAUCACACCCAACUACGUGUUUAUGGUGUGGUAUGAGUUCUGCAGUGACUUCAAGACGAUCUGGAAACGGGAGAGUAAAAACAUAUCUAAAGAAAGAUUGAAAAUGGCUCAGGAAUCAGUCAGCAAGUUGACAGCAGAGAAGAAAGUGGAGACAAAGAAAAUUAACCCCACGGCUAGUCUGAAAGAAAGACUGCGUCAAAAGGAAGCCAGUGUGAGCACCAACUAACACAGAGACACAGGAGAACAGUGACGUUCAUUGGAGUUUCCUGGACCACUAGGGAUUCUCCACCCCUUCCGUCCCAGAAGAAACUGUGAUACCUGAGUGGGGACAGAUUUGAGGUCAAAGCACCUGCUUGGACAAGUGACCCAGUAUCACUCAGAGCACAUCUCACACCUCAAAUCAUCUAUGUGUGGAUAACACCUUGGUAACCUACAGCUGAGCUGUACACCGUGUUCUGGGACCGGAUGUGGCUGGCCCUCUCCCACCAACCCCAGGAGGCAGUUUCUAGACAGGAGAGCAGAUGCUACUUGCAGCCCUUUUAUCAUGACCUUGACCAUGACCUUGGCAUGUGACGUAUGGUGAAGCAGGGAUUUUUUAACGUCAAAAAACAAACAAACAAACAAAAAAAAACAACAAACUAAGGGCAGAAAAAGAGUUCUUUACAUCAAAAUGCGAAGAAGGUGAUUACAUUGAUAUUGAACUUUGAGUGGAAUAUCAUACGCAGGCAGCUUUUUCUGACCCUGGAAGCCCAUGUGACCACUGCCUCCUGAGUCACAGGGAAACCAAAUUGGACCUCUCUCCUAACAUUUCUUCCUUAAGCCACCACUCUUCUAGUCUAUCUUGUGAGGACAGAAGAGAGGAGCCUUGGGGUGAACUGAGAUGAAGAUCAAAGCCUAUCAGGUUUCAGCCUUGAAAGGAGAGAGGCCCAAGUUUCCUCCUCCAGUUGGUGGAGGACCGUCUAAUGAGCAGAAACUUUAAAACCCUUCCCCAUCCGCCUGCCACGUGUGGCCUGCCCCUUGCCCCCCCAUCUUCCCAGGGGCCUGAGUGUCUACCCAGGACAUGCCUGCUAGUCAUCAGCCCCCUCAGGGACCCCAUAAUAGAUUCGGCCAAUUAAAGCAGCACCAUAGUCUAAUAGAAUGCCCGUUCGGGGAAUCAAGGUUGCACAAUCAGGAUCAAAUCAAGUCAUGAAGCCAUAUUCAUGCAGGUGCUAAUCACCUUUUCUAACAGUUCAGAGGAAAGGAAUAUAAUAAUAUGGUUUGGUUUUUUUCCCCCAAAAAUAGAAGGAUGAGACAAGCAAACUAGCAGAGCAGGUAAGAACUUACAUGAUUAAAAGAAGUUGCUUGUGAGCGAGCUUAUCAUACUGCUUUCCUAGAUUGUUUCUCUUCAUUUUCACUUAAUGGUGAAGACGACCUAAGGAAUUCCUCGAUUUCAAACAAAUUCUACUUACAGCUACCCUGUGCUCUGUGACAGGCCUUCUAGUAUUAUCAUACAAAAGAAAAAGCACCUGUUUUGCCCGUGCCUUGGGAAUCAACUUUGAGUUUAGUGAGAAGAACAGAAGUCUAGAUCCUUAAUAAUGGCUCCUUAAAGACUUGAUGGGAGAGAACGGCAGGAGGCUCUCCGUGGGGUCCCUGUAGCCCACUUCAGGUCUCUACGUAGGAUGCUCACAAGAAAAUCACUGGAGGGAAGCAGGACUGUGGCUUUAUAACCCUAUAAAAACAUUGCUCUCAGGGAACCAGUGCUGAAGAAUAAUGAAUGGAAACACUGAAUUUGAGAGUUAGACAAAUGCAGCCCAGGUUGGAUUUCAUCCUAGUGGACAGACUAGAAAUUGGCAGUCAAAUACCUAUUUCUAAAGAGCAGCGUUUGCCUACCUCUGUUGGGGAAACCUAGUGAGUCCAAUGUAGUGAUACUGUAUCACUACACUAGGCAGGAUCCCCAUUAUUCUCUCCCAGUUUGCAUCCUGCAUUAGGUAUCUGGACACCCUUCCCACGUCCACACGUGGACUGCAUUGUGACAGCACCCUCAUUUCUAACUUGACUUCAUGCUCGGUAAAGGUUCACAAGAGUGUGUUCAAGGUGGGCCAUCUAAAACAACCUGGAGGCCCUGAGAACAGUCCAUCCAAAAUGCAGUCGAGAUUGUAUUAACGCCAACAGGUGUCGCCAAACUUUUCAUGGAGAAGUAGUAGUUGGGGUACCACUUAGCAGAGUGGGCACUUCUGGCUGCUCUAAGCAUAGCCCUGACUGCACUAGAGGGACAGUGGCCAGUAUUUCUACUCUGCGUUUAACCAGACACUCACACCUGACCUACUAGUCAGACUCGGAGAAACCUUAACUUAUAACAACAUCCUCUCUUCCUAGCCAAGCUGCAUUAAAUCCAAGGACACAGCAGAUAGCAGUUCAGAUUCCUGCAUGAUUAACUGGCAUGAUCAUCGAGCACACAAGUAUAUCAUAUAUGACACGAAAGCAUGAUAUAAACACGUUAGUUAAAAACAUAGGCCUGUGAGGUAUCAAUAAUCAAGUGAGGAGAAGGUGUGCUAUAUGGUGUUUUAACCCAAGAAGAGGCAACUUAUGGGAGGGGGUGUGGUGAAGGGAAGAGGUGGCCAAGAAGAAAUGGAUGAUGUGUUGAUGGUCGAGGCCCAGGGGUCACAGGUGACGGACCUGCUGCCCAACAGUUACCUUUUGAAUCUUUGGUUGUUGUCUGUGAUACCUCUUUAAACAUUCAUUGCAACUACCUAGGAACUAUGAAGAGAGAAGGUCUGAAAUCUGGGAAGUAGAAUAAGGAAAUCCAGUGGUGCUCUUCCAUCUUUAAAUGUUCUAGCCGAAACAAAUUGGCAACAUCGUUGAGGAACUGAAUGCCAGAUUGGGUGCUGGUCUCUGACCCCCUCUUCUUUCCGGUAAGAACAGUAGAAGCUGCACGCCUGCUCAGCCUCCCUUAGGCACCUCCUUUUCUCAUAAGUACUAAAAGGAAAGGCAUUUCCCUAAAUGAUAAACUCCUAUGCUGCUGGUGGAGAACCCAGAAGAACUAAAGGAAGGAAUAAAACUCUUUGGUGGUAUUGGAAACCUCCAGCAACAUGAAGAAGUCAUUGGUAUAGUCCUUCCAACACCAUGAUUGGACAUAGCAAAAGAGACGUAAGUGUAUUUUUAGUAAAGAUUUGCUUGUUGGACUGGGAUUUCACAUCUCUCUCUAGAUUAUACCACUUGUAUGGAGGAAUUUUCAUUUUACUUCUAUUCUUGCUUUCUUGGACAUCAUAUUUUCUCAUUUCUAUUUCUGCUUCUUUCUUGCCUGGUAUCACUGACGCAGAUCAUUGCAUACACUAGCACAGCAAACAGCACACAGAUGGCCAGUGUAGAAAGGGGAAUUAGCAGUACAGACCUGCGGGCUCUUUUCCAGUAACCAGACUGUAACAUUGACAUGGGAACCUCUUCAUUGCCUGACAUUCUAAAUUGAUCUCUUUUGUAGUACUGCACCCUUGCCAAACAAAGAUAAAACCAAUUUGGGGCUUUCUAUGUUAAGGGGAAGGAAGAACUGCAAAAAAUACAGCUUUUCCCCCCCCCAAAUACCUGAUGCAAAUAUCAAAUAUCCAAUUUUAUAAAUUAGUUUAAAUAGUCUAAAAAUUGCUAACAAGAACUCUCAUUAGAUUUGAGCUUCAUUUUUCUUUGAUCCUGCCUGUUCUAAUCAGAAAAAAAAAUGACCAAAAGGGGGAAGGGGAAAAAAAGCAUUAGCAGAUUUAGCAAUCCACAAAUUAAUUAGUUCCUGAAUCACACACAAAAACAACAAAAAACAGACAUAUUGUGAAACCCAAUGUUAUAGAAGUCCUAAGCACAAAAGGAUUUGAACAGCUGUGAGGGCUGAUGAGUGUAGACAAAGUAAGAGCUCUUAACUGCCCACUUGAGACUUCAGCCUAAACCAGGCGAUUUUUAGAGUGUGAAUUCAAGGGAGUCAAGUAUUGCUCUGAGCAGUUUAUUUUUGGAAAAGCCACGUACAAAGAGAAGUGGUAUAAUAUAGUGAAAGAAGUGCUAGACUAUGAAAAUUUCCUUUCUCUCGUUCUCUCGUAAAAGCAGUUUAUAAAUGUAUGGAGCAUCCAGAAGCCCAUGAAUACCACGCUUCAUAGGUUAGGUUUUUACCUCAGGAACACAGAGUGGAUUGAAUAAAGAAGUGAAUUUUCAUUCAUGUCAGCUACUUUGUUAUCAUAAAGAAAUCUGCAACACAAGAGAAACAAGUCUGUGUGGACAAACUUAACAGUAUUUGAAACAAAUGGCCAGUGUUUAACCUUUCCAAAAUGCAAAUAAGUUUCCGUUUUCCAGCUAUGGAAGGAGAUAAUCCGGCUGCUUGGAACCUGGUCUAUUAUUGGCGCAGAAGUCACUUAAAGGCACCUUUUGGAACAGGCCUCAGCAGGUCUGUCUCCUUUAGACUCCCAUAACGGUAUUUAUAAGUCCAUGAGUGAUUGAAUCCAGGCAACACUGGGCUCAGUUACACAGCUGUAUGUGACUGAGAGGCUCGUUUUGUGUCUUUCUGCACACCUGUCAGUUGUUGGCACCUUGUUAGAGGCACUUAAUUUUAGUUUCAUAGUUCUUCCUUUCCCCUCCCAAGGAGUGGGUAAUCCACCAAAUCCUCCCGGAUCAAUGCUUUGCUGAGAAGCAGUAAAUUCAAGAGAGUAUUAACAUGUCAACGUGGAAGCCAGUUCAGUAGCCUUAUUUGUUCCAAGACCCUUCAUCAACACUGUGAUAUAAACUUAGCAUUUGGGAAAUUUGUGUAGUUGACAACUUACUUGGAAAUGUGAAGAUACGAAAAUGGCAGCAAGUUUACUCUGUCUCUUAAGGCACCCAUGCAGUUUCUACCAGAGAAGAGAUUAGGGCAGCAGAUCAAGCCUCAUUCAGCAGGUUAUCCUGUCCUCACUGGAGCUUGAGGACAGGAUAACCUCAAGCUAUCCUAUCCUAUCCUCAAUUCCUUUCUUCUCCACCCCCAGCCCCUCUCCCAACUACCGUGGUGAUAAACAGUAACAGAGGACCUUUUCCUUCUUGUCUUCCCUUCUCUAGCAUGAUGGUUCACUUCAGUCAGUGCUCAAACGAACUCUGGCAUAUUAUGUCUAUAAAGUACUUGUUCAUGAAUGUCUUCUUCAUGCUAUAAUCUGGGGAAGGCUGAUUUAAUCUCAAUAUUUUAAAUAAGAGUGGUAGCUAAAGCCAUUAAUUUAUUCUACAUUCCAUAUGCACAUAUAAUUUUCUAUUUUUAAUCUUCUCUUAAAUAUACUAAGAAUCUCCAGUGUAUCUCCAUUUCAGGAAGCUGAUUCAUAGACUUCUGUGGGCUAUUUGUUUUUUUAUGCUUUGUGUGAAAUCUGAUAGCACUGGACUAGCAAAAUGCAAAUGAGCCCACAAUUUCCUACAGCAAUUUGGCCUUCUUCCCUGUGGAGUAAACAACCUUCCGCCACCCUUAAGCUGUUUUGUAGGCUGAGCAUUUCCCUAGAUUCUACCUGUGCAGACACCAAGGGGUUCUUUUGUCUUGGAAGCUGUAAGAAUGUCUUCAAAGAGAAUGAAUACUUCUCCCCAUAUAUAGUGUGAGCUGCCAGUGUGUUGUAUUUAGUCUAUCAAGUAAGAAAUCUAACGUUUUCAGGCAUGCAUGCCCAGUGGUUUGUCAACAUCUCUGGCAAAGCUGUACGUACUUUCCUUCCUUGUUCUCUUCUAGGGCUUGCUUCCGUUCUUGUCUCGUGAAACAAACGUAUUUUUGUUUACUCAUCUCCGUCAGCUUUCCAGACUGAGAGGCUAGUAGCAUAGACCACUGAGUAUAAGGGAAAUUACUCUCCACCGCACCAUGACAUGGACGGUAGGUGUAUUUAGGAAUGCACAGCUUUCUAGGAACUCUUGGGAUGGAUUCCAAAUUCCAGGUUUCUAUGAGGUAUAUAAAAAUGGGUGUAUAGCACACAAAGAUUAUACUACUCUUCCCAGUAAGAGACUAAGAGAUUCCAAAUCUCCAUUUUAGAUAGGUUUGAGCAAACUAUAAGUAGCUCAUUUUUUUCCCUUUCCUCUUGGCAACUCGUCCCUACCUAUAAUCUUAUAUCUUCGGAUCUGACCCUCCAAGGCAUGAAGAAGGUAGUGUCAACCCACUGAGAUUGCCCUCUGCUUAAUCCUCUAAAGCUGUUCAUUUCCUUUGGAAACAAAUCAAUGGGUGAGGGGGAAAGUCUAGUGACAAUUCUCUCUGCCCAGAGUGACACACAUAGGAUUUGGGGAUCUACCAAAGGGAUAGGUCUAUGCCCAAUAUUAAUUUUACAAUUCUACAAUUCUUCAAUUUCUCGAGAUACAAAUAAUAUGACCCUACUGUUAGUAGGAUGUAUAAUCUUUGAAGAAUAUAAGCAUUAAGAAAAAAAGGCCUUUCCUUUAAAGAAACAAUUGAAGAUAUUCUUAAAAAGGCAGAACCUUUUAAAGUUAGAAAUUGAAUAAUUUUUAAGAUUCUUUGGAGGAAACGUGUCAUCGAUUCAUCAUAGUCUUUUGCUUUCAUUGAAUUUUAAUUUAGACUAGCAUGGAAGCAGAGUGCCCCUGGACUUUGAUUUAGGGGAAUCGUGCUUUGGCCUGGAAAAACACAGUACUGGCCUGAAUGCCCAGAACCUUAAGUGAAGUCAGUCAGCAUCCUAAUAGGAAUCAGGCCUAACAGAAAUGUAAAUUAUUUCAAGUCCUUUAGAGUUUAAUUUUCUUAUCAACACCCUCGACCCUGCUUCCUAAAAUUAAUUUGAUCCCUGCAGUUAUGUGUCUUCAUUUUGCCUUGUGAGAUUACAAGCAAUGGGAUAAUGGAGAAAAACAGGAGACAGGGGAGAAGGAAAAUUUGAACGAGGCCAGGGUGCAAUGUUUUGCUGAUAUAAUGCAUUGUUAGGGAGCUGGUGACCGUUGCCAUGGUUGUAUCACGGGCAGCCUUUCAGUGGAAGCUCAGGGCAUAAUAUGUAUGAGGGCAGUGGGAUGGGAGUGCCCAGUGUCUUAUAUUGGCCCGUGCCUGACAAUGUUCUGGAAAAGCAGGUACCCCAGUGAGACUGGCUUGUGCUCGUUGAAAUAACUCCAAUGAAUUUCAGAUUCAUUUCGAUGGGGUCGGUUGUCCAUGGACCUUCCUGUUUCCUCUAUGCCUGUUUAAAAGUCACUUUGGCAUCAAGCUUCAUUUCACUUUUCUCCUUUCAAUACUUCUGCAUCAGCCUCCCCUUCCUUCACACCCCACAGCGAUUUUUUCCUCACUUUACUUUUACAGUUUCUCCAGGACCCAGCUUUCUCCACCCCUUUCCCCCACAGACACCUGAAAGUCCGUCCCCCUGAGCCCUCACUCCCUCCUCUCACACCCUGUGCUCCAUCCCCCAGCCCUUUGGACAGGGAGCUCUGCUGUGACCAAGAGAGACACAGUGUUGUGACUGCCUCUUGUUAAUGUCAGCACCACCUCAUCACUUAGGCAAAGAGGGAAAAAUCCAUAAAAGAGAUGGAAAAUACAUUUCUUUUUUUAUUCUACUUUAUAUUUUAAGAAGGUUGAGGAGAGGCAUGGUUCCAGUCCUCAAUUUCUCAGAGAUUUUUACUUUAAAACUAAUUAGGGACCAUUCUUUUCAUAAAUUGUAAAUCAGUUCAGGUCACCAACUAUGAUGUGUUUUAAGGCUCAAGUGUUGACUCUCAAGUAACUUUUCUGUGCUGCUGGACGAAGUGAAUUCUGUGCAAACAUUUUGAAUCAUAGGCUCUUUAUCGCCCCUCAAUUCUUACUGUUACUAAUGACUCAAGCAUCUUCAGGAAUGUGGAUCAGGAUGUUGACAAUUUGUGGUUAUUUUCAGAUCAACAGUAACUGUUACACUCUUGAAAGCACUUAAAGAAAGUAUAAGCAUGUCUUAAAUAGUCAACCAUUUGACCUGGAAAAAAGUUGGCUUUUCUGUUUAAUUAGUAGACCAAACUGUAAAUGUAAUCUUAAAGGAUUUUAAGCAAUAAUGAAGACAGUUUGAGAAAUGAGAAGGCACUUUAGAGACAUGAAACCUUACAUUACACGCUCUUGGAUAUUUUUUAAGGUAAUAAGCUAAUUGGAUUCAGGUAUUUUUUUCCCUUUAAAUUUUUAAAAAUAUGUAUUUCUAAUUUGCAUAUUUAAUUUUGUCAAAGCUGAGAAAUGCUCUUUAGUUGAAUUUGUAAAUGUCAUUUGCAAACCAAAUGAAGUAUUUAUUUUUAAAAAGAAAGGGUGAAGGGACCAAUAUUGAUUUGUACAUAAUGAAAAUAUGUGUGUGUGUGUGUGUGUAUAUAUAUAUGUUUUCCUCCUUGACACUACUUGGUCCCCACAUCAAGUGUAUUUUUGUACAUAGUAUAUAUUGGUUAGAAAAUGUAGAUUGUCUAUCCAAAGAAUUCUAUCUCUGUGAUAGAUUAUAUUUAUCCUCAUCUGUUGAUACCUCUGAUAAUUUAAGAGAUAGAACUCUAUUCUUUUGGAAUCUACAGAGAACUGCAUUCAUGUCUUCCAAUUGUAAAUAUGC